UAGGUUGAUACAGGAGCAUAAAGUAACGAAUUAUUUAUCACCUUGGCCAUGCAAAAUGAAAAUGUCAGUGUAACAUACUUUAUUAAUCAGAUACACAAUACAAUGUUGCAAUGAGUCCACAAGACGCAAACGCGUGCCACUGGGGCUCUAGGCGCGUGUAUAUAAUGGUGCUGCUGUGUCAAAUCAUUGGGACCAACACGUUCAUUACGCUGCCGAAUAUCGCCGUCACGCACGGGACCACAGGAUACAUACUGAGCUACGUCCUUACCUACAUAGUCUUAGGAAUACCUCUACUUUACAUGGAGUUCACUAUAAGCCAGUUCACGACCCGAGACUGCCUGGAGGUUUGGAGAGCACGGGAGUUCCUUUCCCAUAUUGGAUAUAUCCACAUAUUCUACCAAACAGUUAUGAUCAUCUACAAUCACAUGGUGUCAUCCUUCGUGCUGCACUACUUCCUGAUAAGUUUCGAGAACCCCAUACCGUACUACAUCUGCGGCCGCUGGGCGACGAAAGACUGCGGCAUUCUAGCUACAAACUACACAGUAAAUCAAGAUUGCAUAAAAGAGAAAGAACCGACCAGCUAUUGCGAAUAUAUUUUCAUUACAUUUCCAGAAUACCAAUACUGGAGAUAUUACAUACUAGGAUCAGACGCGGAUUACUUUCACAUAGCCUGGCGAGUGUGCCUUGCCUCAGGUCUCUGUUGCGUCUUUCUGUUUCUGUGCUGUUUCAAGACGACCGACUCUAUGAAGUGGUUCAUGGCUGUGUUCACGCUGUACCCACUGCUGGGAUAUGUGCUGUUGAUAAUAGGCUCAAUGAUGCAAAAAGGCCUGGUUGUGAUGUACGAAGAGGCUCUGGACUCGGACUUCAGUGUGUUUAUGACACGGGUUCGCGCAUCGAACAUUAUACUGAUAGUGAUGUACACGUUAAACAUCGGGACCGGCAUCUCGUUCAACCUGGCGUCGGGCACGUCGUUCCGCACGCCGUGCUACUCUAACACGGUGAUCACGGUGGCGGUGUGCACUGUGUUCACCGUGCUGACGGUGUGCACGGCGGCGAUGAUGUCGUGUCCCUACGCGUACGAGCACGACAUACCGCCCUACAGCACCCUCAAGUUUCCUAUAGCGCUGGUUUUCGGUAAAACUCCUCGGUUUCUCUACGAGUAUUCGCACAAAUCUUUCUGGCUGAUACUCAUAUACAGCUGUAACGCGCUGGUGGGAUUGAGCACCAACGUCGUUCUUAUUAUAAGCCUUUUAAAACUGUUAAUAAAGCGAAAUAGAAAAUUUUCCAAAUACACUAGCGUGAUUUGUUUCGUAAUCGUUGUGGUCCUGUUCUUCGGGACGAUUCCGCUAUUAGGUGCUAGAGGUAUCAAUUUCUUCGUAGAUUUUAAAAAGUACAUUAAUUUCAUACCACUCUUCUGCAGCAUCCUGGAGUGUGUCGUGUUUGUUUUGUGGUACGGACUAGAUAAGUUUUCAGAAGACUUGCAUUUCAUGCAGGGUAUACAACCGAAGGCUUACAUGAAGGCAUCGUGGGUCCUUUCGUGCGCUGUGUUAAGCUACGUAUUCUGUUAUGAACUUUACUAUCAAAAGAAUAAAGCUCAAUCAGUCAUGGGCGAGACGUUAGGCUGGUGGACGCUAGUGUCAGUGCUCGGCGGUAGCAUAUUACUAAUGAUAAUCAAGUUAUCCAUAGCCGCUAUAAAGAAAAGGUUUCGUAAUGCUAUUUGUUUGGAUCCGACGUGGGGACCAAGAAGCGAAUUGUUAUUGCGAAGCAGGGCGAUGUUUACAGCCCAGGCGAUGACGAAAGAAUAUCUGUAUCGCCAGUACCAUCUGCAAGCCGGCAUCAUAGCACGACAGAGGAGGUCCAACAUAAGAACCCAAUGACCCGCGCCCAUUGACACACAGGGCAUGCAACAAUAGCUUGCUUGGUGGCAACUUUCGGCGGGUGUCUCCAGCAACAUUCAGACAUUAUCAUUUAUCACACGCUGAUGGUAAUGAGGUGAUUUGUAUCGAGAUUUUUUAACAGCAUUAUGAGUCAGUGUACUUUAUUGCGAGCUUUGGCUAUUAUUAUUGAACUAAUAUUGGCUAUUGCGUAAUUCAAUAAGAUCGUGAGUCACCGCCAAACUUAUUGUAAUGCUCGUGUGUAUAAAAGUAUAAAUUUAUUUAUCAUUAAUAUUCAUAGGAAAUAUAUAAAAGAUAUUGUAAUUUGUGACUCAUUUAUUUGCGCUAGGUAAUAAUAGAAAAACAAAGGAGACGUAUAUUUAAUAAACUUGCAGGAAUGCUAUUUGCAUGUUUCACGUUAUGAUUGUCUACAUAACUUAUGCAUUGUAUUUUCUCGAUAUAGUUGCGGUUAUGUAAAUGUUUCUUUUAAAAAUUAAUUUGUUUGUGGUUUAAUUACAGCGAAAUAAAUCUAUUUCAUACAAAUA